AGGCGCUUCAAUAUUAAUCUUAUCACUCUACCCUCCUCCAAGGUCCAUGUCCUCCUCUUCCCCUUCCCCAUUGUCAAUUUUCCUCUCCCAUUGAACAAGUACACAACUGGUGGCAAGGGAGUCGGACGGCAAACCUUAUUGCCUGAAAAGCCCCGUGCCGACCGCCCUGAUCGACCAGUGGAACGCCCCCGGCGAUCCAGUCAAACCACGCCCCAUGAUUUGCCAUCGACUUAUCGCGCUCGUCUUUGAAACUUUUGCCCCCCCGAGGAUUCAUGCCUGUUGGUCCCGGGUUUCCGGGUCUCCAAGGGGGUUCUUCUCCCACUCCGUGCAGAUUUUAUCCUGGACCUUUUGCGUGCUCAUCGGAACCACUCAUCCGGUUUGCCCCCGUCUAGACUUCUCCCGGUCCCCUCCUACCGUGGGGUCUAGCGUGUCUGCCACACCUGGACCCGCUCAUGUUGAGGAGGCUCUCACAGCUGACAGAAAAUCGUUGGGGAUCGAAAGCACUCAUGUAUGAAAAGAGAAAAGUAGGGGCGUAGGUAUGAGGUGAG